AUGUUUACUGAGAGACAUCGGGAUGAGCUGAAGACAAAAGGCAUGACAGUCGUUGAGGGCGUGUUAGAAGGCUCGCUAUGCCAAAGUUGUGUUGCUCAGUAUGACGAAUGGCUGUCCGAGUUUACAGAGAAAGGCGCGUGGCCCCGCUCCUACAACUCGAUCAUCCAUCAUUACAGCAUCGGUUACUCUGACCCGUCCUGGAGAGUCCGGCUUGCCGCAAAGCCCGUUUUUUCCAAGCUGUGGGGCACAGAUAAGUUGCUCAGUAGUGUGGACGCCAUCGCUGUAGGGCGUCCGCCGGAGGGUGGCGAAGAACCUUUCCACACCCCCGGCGAACACUGGCUCCAUGUCGACCAGUUCCCGGAACAACGAGGUCUACACUCUUACCAAGGGGCAGUCUACCUGGAGACGGCUGACGAAGACGACUGGACAUUUUGCGUCAUCGAAGGAUCCCACAACCUCCUGGAAGAAUUCAAGGAAGCUAAACCUGACUUUAACAUUCGGAUCCCGAACGUGAUGUCCUGCAGGCUGCAGAAAGAUGACACUUUGUGGUUUGAAGAGCGAGGGUGUAAGCUCAAAAGAGUGCCUGUACCAAGGGGAGGAAUGGUGCUAUGGGACUCACGACUUGUCCACGCCAACGCACGUGCCCUUCAGGGGAGACAACACGCCGGUAGAUGGCGCAGAGUUGUAUUCGUCUGCAUGACACCAGCGAUUUGGGCGCCGGAAAAAGAUAUCGAAAAGAAAGUUGAUGCAUACAACAGACUUGUAUUAACAGCCCAUCGAGCAUCUCAGUAUGUCGUACUUUUCCCCAAAUCACCGCCGGAAGGAUUUAUUGAUAUUCCAGCCAUUACUGAAAUGCCCGAGAUAGGCCGAUCGGAGGACGCCAAGAGGCUUUGUGGAGUAGUGAAGUAUGAUUUUGACGAUGGCGAACCGAAUGGACCAGACUGGUCUCCGAAAUGGGACAAUGAUGUAAUUCGGCAGUAAUUACAACGGUUUGGUAUGAAACACGAGAACGGGACGAUGGAGCACAACAAUGUUACUGCAUUCGCACAUGUAUAGGGACGUUUUUCAAGACGGACCAAUGUGUGCUUUAAUUUCAGGUCUUAUUGUAUGCAUUGAUGAUGACACAUUGUGGGACCGUGCAUUAUACAUUACUUGUAACCGAAAGACUCACUCAUUAUGUUAACAAUACAGUUUCUCUGAUGCGAGUAUAGAUUAUUAUAUGAAAAUAAUCUAAACAGAGAAUUUUAUAUGGAGUUAUCUACAGGCCUUGGUCAAGGACUGGCAUGUUUAAAUUGUAAAUUAAAAUUUGUACAUCUAGAGGAUGCGGAUAAAUGAUUGUUUUUGUUGUUUUGGUUAAUCGCCAUUGUCGUUUAAUUUCUCACAUUCAAAACAGACAUCUACACGCGAGUCACUAUGGACACAGAAAAUGUAAUAUCUGACCUCAUGGACUAUGAGAAUGUAAUAUCUAACUCAUGGACUAUGACAAUGCAAUAUCUGAUUCCAAGAGCUGUGAAAAUCUAAUAUCUGGCUCCACGGACUAUGUGAAGGUAAUAUCUGGCGUCAUUGACUCGCUGUGAGAAUGUAACAUCUGACUCCGUGGACUGUGAGAAUGGAAUAUUUAAAUGCAUGGACUGUGAAAGUGUAACAUGUAACUCCAUGGACUGUGUGAAAAUAAUAUCUGGCUAUCCACUCUGAGAAUGUAACAUCCGACUAUCAACUGUCAGAAUGUAAUAUUUGAUUCCAUGGACUUGUAAAA